AUGAGGAGAUCAUCAUCUGUAAAAAACAUUUUCUCUCGAACCCCUUCCACUCAUGCAUCGCAAAUCAAACCGCCACCACGUCGGCCAUCACCAUAUUCUUCAUCAGCACUUAAUAAAUCAGAUACUUCUCGUCAAAAUAUUUAUGUAGAUAGAUUCAACAAUUCUACAAUCAUUUCAAAUAAGAAUAUAAAAACAUUUGAAGGAGUCGAAAUAUAUCCCGAAACUAAAUCAAUUUAUGCUCAAAAUAACUCAAUCAAAAAUUUUACUGGCCUCAAAAGCCUUCAACAUUUAGAGGCAGUUGAUCUUUCAAAUAACUGUAUCGAAAAUUUUGCUGGUUUUCCAGAAUUACCUCAACUUAAGUCAAUUAAUUUGUUAAAUAAUCCGAUCUCAAAAGAGCGCUAUUUCAGGGUUGCGUUAGUAAUUUUGUGUGGGUCCACUUUACGUACUAUCAAUGGAGAGCGUAUUAGCCCCUCAGAUAGAAAACUUGCUGCUGCAUAUUUGAAAGAAACACAUAUUUUAAUACGACAUGGUUGGAAUGUCACAUUUCCGCCUCCUUCAAAAGACUGUUUUCAAAAUAUUAAAAAAUCAUUGAUUUCUCAUGAAGAGCCGAAGCAAACCUCUCCUUCUAAGCCAUCUCUACGUUUACACUCAAUGUCAGAUUCAUUCAUGCGACGCAUCAAAGAUCAGGAGACCGAAAAGAAGCGAUUACAAUCACUGCUCGGCAAAAAAUAA